UGUUAAUUGUUAGUAAGUAGCAUUACUAUUUACUAUUGUCGAGAAGUAAAUCAAACUACGAUUCGUCCAUUUCUGUUCUGAAUUUUCGUCUCUGUUUUUCAUUUGUCGCGGCGGCGACAGCCAAACCAACAACCGAUCGCAGCGGCGGAAAUUUGACUCCGGCAAUGGCGAUGCUGAUAGCCAGCCGUCGGGCAUCUUCUACGACGUCGUACUUGAGAGCGAGCUUCAGAUGCUAUUCAUCGUCGUUUAGAGAAGAGAGAGACACCUUUGGCCCCAUUCAAGUUCCAUCCGACAAAUUAUGGGGUGCCCAAACUCAGAGAUCGUUGCAGAACUUUGAGAUCGGAGGCGAGAGGGAAAGGAUGCCUGAACCAAUCAUACGUGCAUUCGGGAUUCUUAAGAAAUGUGCCGCAAAGGUAAACAUAGGUUAUGGCCUUGACCCUGCUAUAGGGAAUGCAAUAAUGCAAGCUGCACAAGAAGUGGCUGAGGGAAAAUUGAAUGAUCAUUUUCCUUUGGUUGUUUGGCAAACUGGCAGUGGUACUCAAAGUAAUAUGAAUGCCAAUGAGGUUAUUGCUAAUAGAGCAGCUGAGAUUCUUGGCCACAAGCGUGGUGAAAAGGUUGUUCAUCCAAAUGACCAUGUAAACAGAUCGCAAUCUUCUAACGACACAUUUCCCACUGUAAUGCACAUUGCUGCUGCAACGGAGAUCAAUUCAAGAUUGUUACCAAAACUGAAACAGUUACACGCAACACUAAAUGCAAAGUCUCUUGAGUUCAGUGAUAUUGUUAAAAUUGGCCGUACGCACACACAAGAUGCUACCCCUUUGACACUUGGACAAGAGUUUAGUGGCUACACCACACAAGUGAAAUAUGGAAUUGAUAGAGUCUUAUGCACCCUCCCACGCAUCUAUCAGCUUGCACAGGGAGGCACUGCUGUAGGAACUGGUUUGAACACCAAGAAAGGGUUUGAUGUAAAGAUUGCUGAAGCAGUAGCUGAGGAGACUAAUUUACCAUUUCAGACGGCUGAAAACAAAUUUGAGGCCCUGGCUGCACAUGAUGCUUUUGUUGAAUCAAGUGGUUCACUAAACACCGUUGCUACUUCUCUCAUGAAGAUAGCAAAUGACAUACGUUUCUUAGGAAGUGGUCCUCGUUGUGGUCUAGGAGAACUCAUACUUCCUGAAAAUGAACCUGGCAGCAGUAUAAUGCCGGGGAAGGUGAACCCUACACAAUGUGAGGCCAUUACUAUGGUUUGUGCUCAGGUUAUGGGCAAUCAUGUGGCAAUUACAGUGGGGGGAUCCAAUGGCCAUUUCGAAUUGAAUGUAUUUAAGCCUGUCAUUGCCAGCAACUUAUUACAUUCGGUGAGAUUGCUUGGGGAUGCCUCUGCUUCUUUUGAAAAGAACUGUGUCCGAGGAAUCCAAGCCAAUAGAGAAAGAAUUCAUAAGUUGUUGCAUGAGUCCCUCAUGCUUGUUACUUCUUUGAAUCCGAAAAUUGGGUACGAUAAUGCUGCAUUGGUUGCCAAGACAGCUCACAAGGAGGGAAGUACUCUGAAGGAAGCUGCAUUGAAGCUCGGGGUGCUUACUUUGGAAGAAUUUGAUACCCUAGUGGUUCCUGAAAAGAUGAUUGGCCCGUCCGACUAAAUCAAUUGAGCAACAUAUAUAUCUCGAAAGAUGAUCCCAGUAAUGUUCCGGAAACGACUAUUUUAGGUUGUUGAAAUGUAACACUUAGAGAGGCUAUUAUUUUUUGAGGUUCUCUCAUGUUUUGUGGUUCACGAAACCUGUGUUCUCUUCAAAUUUUCGAAACUAUGCAGGUUUUGGGUGAGAAAGCCUCCUUAUUUUGUAACUGAGACGCCCAAAAUAAGUAACAAUGCGAAAACUACCUUUAGUUUCAGGCGUCAAUUGUUCAGAUGUUGCAUGAUGAAUAAAUCAAUACUUAUUUUUGCCCA